AUGCAGUCGUUCCUCUCUCCAGUGAACAAGGCUAUUCUAGUAGCUCUGUUCAUCUUCGCCAUCCUCCUCAUCCUCUAUACGCGUCUGACAGAGGGUCACCCUGAGCUGGCCUUACAACAUGGCAAAGUUGCUAUAGUGACGGGAGGCACCAGGGGAAUUGGCUAUGAGACCUCAAGACACAUGGCCAGCCUGGGGGCCCACAUUAUCAUAGCUGGACAGAAUGAGCUGAAGGGUGUGUCUGCUGUGAAGAGGAUUUGUGAGGAGAACAGAGAGGCCAAAGUGGAGUUUGAUCAGUUGAAUCUGGCAUCUUUGCAGUCAGUCAGGCAAUUUGUCCAGAGUAUCAAGAGACGAGGCCUACCACUGCACAUCUUAGUCAACAAUGAGGCGGUCAUGUUGGUCCCUGAGGGUCGUACAGAAGAGGGCUUUGAGCGUCACUUCGGGGUCAACUACCUAGGUCACUUCCUGUUGACCUUGCUGCUGUUAGACACAUUAAAGCAUUCUGGGAAACGUGGUUCCUGCUCACGUGUUGUCACCCUCUCCUCGUCAGCUCAUGAUGCUGGAGAGAUACAACUAGACAGCCUGCUAAACAGUCUUCAGGCAGUGUUAUUCGGCCCAUGUGGCGUACUCCCAGAGUAAGCUGGCACUACUGUUAUUUUCCUCCCACCUGCAACAGAGGCUGGAUAGAGGAGGGUUUCCAGUGAGCUCAUGUGCAGUGGACCCUGGGAUGGUCGACACUUCACUCUACUGCCACCUCUUCCUCACCGCCCGCCUCUCACAGACAGCCAUCGCACGCCUGCUCUAUAGGAGCCCGUCCCAGGGAGCGUCCACGGUCCUCUACACUGCUCUAUCUCCGUCUCUAGAGGGGGAGGGAGGAGCCUACUGGAGCAAUGGGCGCACAAAGAUGACAUCACCAAACACCUACGACCCACAGCUCCAUCGCGGCCUCUGGGACUCCAGCUGCAGACAAGUUGGCCUGCCAUGACCCCUGACCUUCAACAUGGGACUGGAUGUCUGAGACCCAACACUUAGUCUGUCUGACUGCUUUUGUCUUUGUUUUGACAAUCUCCUCACCACUAGACUGUGAUUGGACUGAUGACGACCAUGGCUAGACUUUGAUUGGUUAGUAAAGAGUUAAGUUCCUUCCCAUGCUGUUCAAAUGAAUGUGCUAAUGGAAAUGAAGCAACCUUCUCCCUCUGGCACUGUGAACAUACACCCACAUACAUUAUGUUAAGGGUAUUCAUAGUGCUGCUAUGAGUGUCUGUAGCUCCACUAUGAGUGUUAAUAGUGACCUUAUAAGUGUUCAUAGCAACCUUAUGACUUUUGGUUGACAGAUCAGAUCUUCCAGAACUGAAAGCACCUUCCCUCCAUGGGAGAACUUACUUUUGUCAUAAACAAGUGUGUGUGUGUAUGUGUCUGUGUGUACUUGUCAUCAGUGUGUGUGUGUGUGUUUAUGAUGUUAGAAGCAUCCAGGAGCAUCUGGUGUUCUGAUCCAUCUGUGAAGCAUAUACUGACCCCUGCCCAAGUGGAGGGUCCAGGACCAAUGAACAAGCCAGCAUGGUAACAUCAGUGAAUCACAGCCUGAAACUGAUAUUUUCAGUUCUUGUGAAAGCAAAGGGUAUUUUGUGGAAUUCUUGCCAAAGCUGCUGGUUUCCUCUCCAGGGGGCAGAAAUCAUCUGAGAGAAGGUCUUUAAAUUGUGUCCCGCCUCCUGGGCUGUGAGUCACACACACACCUGUCUCAUGGUAUUUCUCUCUUACUGUUAGAGCUUAUUGGUUUAUCAAUAUGCACAUAUCACCUCUCUCAAGUCCAGUCGUUGUGUGUGUUUCUGUGCACAGUAUGUGUAUUUGUGUGUGCGCUGUUUGUGUGUUUCUUCCAGUCAUUGGUUUGUAUGCAUCCAUAAAAAGGCAGCACAACUGAAACCAGUACUGAUAUUUGUGGCAGAGGGAGAGAAAGACAGUGAGUAUAGGAAAAGGAGACAGAGAGAUUCUUAAUCUACUCUCUCUGCUGCUACCUCGUUUGGCUUUGCUCCCAGUGCAUUCAUUGUGGGUGGGAAAUAUCCCAGUGAAAAUUCUGCAAAAUUAAGACAAAGACAAACAGUCACACACACAGAGGCAGACUGUGACCAAAAAUGGGCCCUGUCAUUUCUAACACACUGGCCAUUUUGUUCCUUGAGGACCUCAUUAUUAGCCAGAUGAUUAUCAUGUUGAGUUAAAACCUAAGUUAGACAGGCCCAGUAGGCUGAACCAGCCCAUCUGGCAAGUUCUCAACAUAUCGUACAAAUUAUAAUUCGUAACAUAUCAUACAAAAGGUGUCAGAGUCUAUCUAGAGGAGAGCGAAGGAGUCAGGCGCAGGACAGGUAAGAGUAAAACCACUGUGUUUACUGAGCAGAACACGUGUCAAACUGUCAGUCUAUCUAGAGGAUAGUGAAGGAGUCAGGUGCAGGACACAGGUAAGAGUAAAACCACUGUGUUUACUGAGCAGAACACGUGUCAAACUGUCAGAGUCUAUCUAGAGGACAGUGAAGGAGUCAGGCGCAGGACACAGGUAAGAGUAAAACCACUGUGUUUACUGAGCAGAACACGUGUCAAACUGUCAGUCUAUCUAGAGGAUAGUGAAGGAGUCAGGUGCAGGACACAGGUAAGAGUAAAACCACUGUAUUUACUGAGCAGAACACGUGUCAAACUGUCAGAGUCUAUCUAGAGGACAGUGAAGGAGUCAGGCGCAGGACACAGGUAAGAGUAAAACCACUGUGUUUACUGAGCAGAACACGUGUCAAACUGUCAGUCUAUCUAGAGGAUAGUGAAGGAGUCAGGUGCAGGACACAGGUAAGAGUAAAACCACUGUAUUUACUGAGCAGAACACGUGUCAAACUGUCAGAGUCUAUCUAGAGGACAGUGAAGGAGUCAGGCGCAGGACACAGGUAAGAGUAAAACCACUGUGUUUACUGAGCAGAACACGUGUCAAACUGUCAGUCUAUCUAGAGGAUAGUGAAGGAGUCAGGCGCAGGACACAGGUAAGAGUAAAACCACUGUAUUUACUCCAUCCGAGAACGGAACAAAAAUCCUGUUAUAAAACAAAUACAAAACAGGAUACGAACUCCAACACAUGAAAGACAAUCACGCACAAAACAGAAAGGGAAACCAGAGGGUUAAAUAAGGAACAUAAUCAUGAGAUGGGAACCAGGUGUGUAAAACAGACAAAACAAAAGGAAAAAUGAAACAUGGAUCGGUGGCAGCUAGAAAGCCGGUGACGUUGACCGCCGAACACCGCCCGAACAAGGAGAGGGAAGAACUUCGGUGGAAGUCGUGACAAAAGGGAUGAUUGACAUCCACAAAUGAAUACAUACCAUACGUAAUAUGUCAUAUUCAUCUGAGUGUCCUGGAUUUUUGUUUACUAUGUUAUGUCCAGAUUGCAAGGCCAAAGCAUACCGAUCUACAGUGCCUUGCAAAAGUAUUCAUCCCUCUUGACGUUUUUCCUAUUUUGUUGCAUUACAACCUGUAAUUUAAAUAGAUUUUUAUUUGGAUUUCAUGUAAUGGACAUACACAAAAUAGUCCAAAUUGGUGAAGUGAAAUUAAAAAAAAUGAUUGUUUCAAAUAUGUUUCAGCAUAUGUAUUCACCUCCUUUGCUAUGGAGCCCCUAAAUAAGAUCUGGUGCAACCAAUUACCUUCAGAAGUCACAUAAGUGGCACAUGAUCUGUCACAUGAUCUCACUA